GGAUAAUCCCAAAGUACCAAACAUAAACUUAGCUAACACUAGGAGAAAUUUUCUCAAAUAGCGUGGAAUGUUGACAAGUCUGAAAACUAUGUGUUGUUUUGUUGAUAGUUAGCACAUAGAGAUUUUGGAACCUAAGGAAUUUUGAAGUUGAAGUUAAUAGUUUGAUGUAAUCCUCAUUUUACUUUAAAGUAAAUUCAUAUCUGUUUUAUAUCCCACAAUCAUAAUGUGGUUGUCAUUGAAAUUAUUUGAAUUUCAGCUAAUGGCUAAUUGAUCAGUUUUUAAUCACGCGAACCAAUUUGCUGUUCUGUAGAAAAUUACAAAAUUUUAUUAUUUGUUUUCCAGAAGAAAUAUUUUAAGACUUGUAUGAAAAAAGUACCCGACUGAACGAAGUUUUAAUAACAGGAAAGAAUAUGUUAAUCUGGAUAAAGAGCGUCACCGCUGUUCUAUUGCUGUUCAACUUGAUAACUUUAAGCAGAUCCUCGAAUCAAAUCCCAAACGUCAGUACCGUUGUUGAUACUAAUAGUGAUUCUGCUGCACUGCCUUUCGGAAAAGAUGAAAAAACAGACUCUCGAAACAACGAAACGAUCGUCAAUACAACCGCAGAGCAUCUGGUUUCAAAGAUCCUUGUACGCGAAGCUAACGGUAGUAGCGCAAUUGAACCUAGCGAUGAAUCGAAAAGAAAUUUGACAGUGGCGAAUGGAAAAUUAAUUGAACCUAAUGGUUUCACCAACGGUGCACAAAAAGCAAAUAAUAGCAGUGUCAUUGCGCGUAAUGCUGAAUCUCAGGACAAUGUGAAUGUGUCAUAUAAAAAUUUAGCUGAAAGAAAAAAUAUCAAUAACAGGACGCACGAAGUAAAUGAUGGUCAAGUCGUUGAACAUAACGUUGAACGGAAAGGAUUGAUGGAACCUAAAGCUAUCUCUAACAGUUCACGAAAAACACAUGACAGUGGGUUCGUUGAAAACAGCGCUGAAUCGAAACGAAAUGUGACAAUGGUAACUGGAAGUGUGAUUGAACCUAAAAUUUCCACGAACGUUGCACCAGCAGAGAAGUCUGAAUUGGAAAAUAAGAAGGAUGAAGAACUUCAGAAUGAUCAAAAAAGAGAAAAUGCUUCAGCAAAUAAAGAGAAUAAGGAGCUUGAUGACGGGCAGAAAAGAGAAGGUAUUUCCGCGAAUAAGGAGGAUAAGGUUCUUCAUAAUAGACAGAAAAUGGAAAGCACUUCCUCUAAUGAGGAGAAUAGAGAGCUUCAUAGCAGACAGAAAAUAGAAAGUGCUUCAUCUAAUAAGGAUGAUAAAGAGCUUCAUAACAGUCAGAAAAGAGAAGGCAUUUCAGCGAAUAAGGAGGUUCAUGACGGACACAAAAGGGAAAACGCAUUCGCCAAUAAUGAGAAUAAGGAACUUCAUCACAGACAUAAAAUAGAAGGCGCUUCUGAAAGUAAGGAUGAUAAAGAGCUUCUUCAUAAUAGUCAGAAAAUAGAAGGUGCUUCCUCUAAUACGGAGGAUAAGGAACUUCAUAGCAGACAGAAAAUAGAAGGUGCUUCCCCUAAUAAGAAAGAUAAGGAGUUUCGUGAAGAACUGUCCACUGCAAUCUCGAGUAAAGUUAUCAACCACACGAAUGACAAUGAUAAUAGAGCAGAAAUAAACUCAAAAGAAUUUGACGGAGAUAAAGAAUUAAGUGUUCCAAUCUUACCACCUCUACCAAUAAUGUUCCGAGCAUUUGUACCACUCGUUAUUCCACCCCUCCAGAGGAUUUCUGUACAGCCUGUACCACCACCGGCCAUUCACAUAUCGGACAGACUGCCCAUUUAUGACGCAGAGACUUCCGAAGACUCAUCUACUGCUGAAGAUUCUCCUCAACGAAUUCAAAGUGCUAUGAGAAGUUUAAUCUCGGAUGUUCUCGGUAGCAUCUCGAGAAUUAAUUUACCACUUCAUCCUAAUUCUUCAAAAGCAGCAGGAAAUUCAAGUGUAGAUACUGAAAGUGGUGAAGAUUCAAAAUUGGUGGAUUUGCAAGGGCAACAAUUCUUGAUGAAAUCAAAGAUGACUCAUCUCAAUGGAAGAAAUGGCCGAUUUUUCCUCCGCUUCAUGUCCUUACGUCCAUUGGAAGGAGAUGUGCUAUCAGACAUCGAAGAACCUCAAAAUAUUAAAGAAAAACAUGAUCACGAAGGAGUAAUGACGGACGAAAUCCAAAAGGAGACUAUUGGCUCCAAAAUUGAAAUCGCAUCUAAAGAAAAUAGUUCUCUGGAUACCAGAAAUCUUCAUGAAUUGGGAAACAAGAAUGAUACGGGGACUUCAGUAUCGGACGCAGAAAAAGGGGAUGAUUCGGCAGGGAAGGAAUUUGGUGGUAACUUAAAAGACAUGUCAGUUGGUAUAUUAGAUGCAAGAACGAGGGAGAAUUUGAAAACAAGCAACUCUGCUUCCCAUUCUGCCGGAAGUGAAGAUGAGUCAGAAAUAACAAACAAGAAUACUGCUGGGGGUAGAGAAAAAUCAGCUGAAGAUCAUCAACUGCAUGCCGAAGAAUCCCAAUUAACACUGAUUCAAAAUUAUCGAAGUUUUCCCGACCCAGUUUUACCAGUUUAUAAGAACACAAACUCUAAAGAUGGCGUUUCAGAAAUACGAUUAAGAGAUGUUCCACUUGAGGGCGAUGUAUCAGUAUCGCCAUUCGUUGCUAAAGCGCUGCCAUCAAUUGCUAGUGUAAAAGAAGUGUCACCAUCGGAUACUAAUGUCGAAAAAGUUGUGGCAUUGACUUCCAAUGCUACAAAUUUGACAACGUUUUUUUCUGAUGUUGAAAAAAACUUGCAAAUGGAUGCCAAUAUUAAACAAGUUCCUUCAGCAGCUGGUAGUGUUGAAAAAGUGUUGCCGUUGGUUGAUAAUGCUGAGAUAGAGCCAUUCUCGAUUGGGAGCGUUAAAAAAGUGACGCCAUUGGCUUCCAGUGUUGAGAAGGGAUCAACGAUGUUUGCCAGUGUUGAAAAGGAUCCAUCAAUGAUUGCUAAUGAUAAAAACGCACCACUAGCAGUUUCCAACGAGUCGAAAGUGAUGGCUAAAGGUGAUGACCAACCAUACGAAGAAGAGGGAAGUUAUCCUCCGAAGUCGAUAAUUUUGGAGUCACGAAGUUUGCUUUCGAAGAAGAGUAAUGCAACAGGUAGCUCGGUUGACUUGAAAGCUGACACUAAAGAUAACGUUUCAAAACAUAGUGAGUACAAGACUUCAGCAACCGGUGGCCAAAUUUCGAAUGAUUCAAACGAAAGUAGCAUCAAAGAGAGUGGUCAGAAGCCUCUUCUUUUAAAUGGUGGAGAGAAAAUCUCUGAGGUUAGUUUUAAAGGUAAAGUGGAUAAACUUCAUAAACAAAAAAAUCCAAGUCAAGGGAAUAAUACUGAAAACACGAAAUUAACGACUGCGUCAGGUCUUAAAGGAGACAUACUGUUUGAAAAGAGAUAAUGUCUUGAACUGUUAUUUAUUUAAACAUGCAUUCCAAGAAUUGCUUUGGUUUUUUUUUAAAUUGAAAAAUAACAUUGUUAAAAUUAUAUUUGCAAUAAACACCCUAAACUCUGCUAUUCCUUAACUUUAUGAAAUCUACUUAUGUGAAAAUUUUAAUAAAAGCCUUUGAAGAGUGUUG